GCUAAUAAUGAGAGAGUUCCUCAAUCAACCAAUGGAAAUCAGGUCCCCCAUGCUGAAGGACAAGGAGUUGACACUAACAUGGCGAUGGACCCUAAAAUUCUCAAAAGGGCUGCCGCAAGCCGUCUAUAUUCGCAAAGGUAUCGACUCAAACAGAUCAACUACAUUGCACAACUGGAAGCAAAAGCAAGGGCUCUCGAGGCAGAAGUAGCGGCCGCCUAUCCCAAGAUCAGAGAUGCUGAUGCUCAGAACUCAAUGCUGCGAGCGGAGAAUGGUUCCAUGCAGGAAAAGCUGUCAGUCCUCUCUGGAGAGAUUAUGUUGAAAGAAGCCAAAUAUCAUGAGCUAAAGAAGGAGAAGGACGCGUUGAAGCAACUGUCUUUGAUGCAACUAUCACCCGCAUUUGCAGAAUCCUCCCAACCAAAUCAUUACGGCUACCCACCGGUGAAUAAUAUGGCCAUGGACCAACCAGGAUUCAAUCAGUUUGUGGGAGCAGUAGCUCCGCCGCCAAUGAUGCAGAAUCAAAAUACUGAGAACGAGUUUAGGUUUGAUGUCAACUUUGGAGACAACUAUAAUCCGAUGUGAACUUCCAGCUUUUGGAUAAGACUGAGAAUAUCUCCUCGUUUGAAUCUUAUCUUGUAGUGCUUUUUAGUUGGCUUGCUGGCUUUGUUUGUUUUAGUUAAAUUUGCAUGGACUUUACAGUAUACAGUACUUUUUAAA